AUGUCUCGAGUCCAUGCGCGAGGUUGUCGCGAGGUGAUGGAGGACCCUCGAGAGAGGGCUUAUAAGGCCGUGGCCUAUUCAGCCGUCACAUUCUCACUUGUCGCCAUCCUCUCUGUCUGCAUAACGAUGCCUAUUGUCUACAAUUUCGUAGAUCAUGUACAACAGCAGACAAAACGAGAUCUGCAGUUUUGCAAGGUCCAUAGAAUUCUCACUGCAAAAUUCACAUAUUAAGC